AUGAAACAAGUAUUUCCGGACACAGACAUUAAGGCCGAACCACAUAUUUCUUCGAAGAUAAAGGUUUGGAAAAAAUAUCACCUGUCCUUGAGCAUGAUGAUGGAAAAGUCUGGUUUUAGUUUAACCCAGAGUGGUUAUCUUGACGUGAGGGAUGAUCAAGUAUGGACAGAAUACUUAAAGUGGUGUGACAUAUUCGGAAAGGACAGGGCAACUGGUGAGAACGCUACAGGAUUUGUUGAUGCGGUAAACGGUGUCUUUAACAUGCCUUCAUCUCCGACUACUCCAAAUGCACCUAGGAGAUCAGAAACCAAUAAUAAUACAUGCCCAGCUGAAGAACAUAUGCAUGAGGAGGCAAAUGUGCAUGAUGGAGAGUGUAGUGUGUCUGCUAGAGAGAAGAGGUCAAGAAAAAGGAAAAAAAUAGUGGAGGAAGACAAUCAGUUCGUGGGGAUGUUGUCGUCCUUCUGCAAGGAGACUGCGAAGAACAUAUCGGACAUGGUGGUGAGGGUUGGUCAUGCCCACGAUGCGACCAAAAGACGUGGCAAGGUGUACGAGGUCUUAAAAGGUAUGCCCAACCUAACCAUGGAAGAAAAGCUACUAACCACCAAAUACCUUUGCAAUAAGACUGAAGAGCUAGACAUGUUUUUUAGCCUUGAUGACGAUGCGCGGGAGGAUGUAUUCUAUCGCAUGUUCUUUGACAAGUGCCGCACAAUGGUGGAGAUAAGCCGUCCGUCAGUCUUCAAUUCCAUGUGGCACGAUCUUGCCCGAGACCUUUCGGAUGCCUUGCACAAAGCAUUCGACAAGGGUAAGGUCCGUAUGAAGAUAUAUAGAUUGAAGUUUCAUUUUGAAUCUUUUAACACCUUCACCUACACAAGGGGCGUCUGGGUGUAUCCGGAUGAUGGCACGAUCACGGUGAACACGACUUAUUGGAAUAAUCUUGUUGGGGGGGAGGAAACACCUUUCCAAAAAUUCUUCCGGCUAUUUGAUUUCAAGUGGUACAAAGAAUGUGUGGACUUGUUCGUUAACCGUGAAGCCGCGGAUGUAAACUUUGAUGAUGGUCCGGGAGACAUGUUGGAAGAUCCAAUUGAGUUUACUGACUCGGAUGAGGAGCCCGAAGAUCAUGAUGACCAUGGAAUUGUGCCGGGAGCAACAAACAUCCACCCAAUCGACGUGGAAAAUUAUGAGGUUCAAAAUGUGUCGGGUCGUAGGAGGUACCAUCCAAUAGACGUAGAAGAUUAUGAGCUUAAGAAUGAGCCAGGUCGUAGGAGGUCCUAUCCAAUCGACGUGGAGGACGAAGAGGUGCAUGAGAUGGAUAUGGAGGCCGACUCGGGCAUCGAUUCGGAGGAGUAG